AUCCAUCAUCUCCAAUCUAUCUCGCUCCCUCUCUCUAUUACUCUGUCUCUUGCUCUGUGUUUGUUUUCUAGUGUCUGAAAAAAAAAAGAAAAAUGGGUGUGGUGAGUGUGGUGUGCAUUGCCUCUCUUAUCUCGUUAAUGUGGAUGGCAGAAGCUAGAAUCCCCGGAGUUUACUCUGGGGGUGCCUGGCAGACCGCUCAUGCUACCUUCUAUGGAGGCGCUGAUGCCUCUGGCACAAUGGGUGGAGCUUGUGGAUACGGCAACCUCUACAGCCAAGGCUACGGCGUGAACACUGCCGCCCUGAGCACUGCACUGUUCAACAAUGGCCUGAGCUGCGGUGCCUGCUUUGAGAUCAAGUGCGCAAAUGACCCGUCGUGGUGCCACUCCGGCAGCCCAUCAAUCCUUGUCACGGCCACUAACUUUUGCCCACCAAACUAUGCCCUCCCCAACGACAAUGGCGGCUGGUGCAACCCUCCUCGCCCCCACUUUGACCUCGCCAUGCCAAUGUUCCUCAAGAUUGCCGAGUACCGGGCCGGAAUUGUCCCCGUCGCCUACCGCCGGGUGCCAUGCCGUAAGCACGGAGGAAUCAGGUUCACCAUCAACGGCUUCCGUUACUUCAACUUGGUUUUGAUAUCCAACGUUGCAGGCUCAGGGGACAUAGUGCGCGUGAGUGUGAAGGGCUCCAGGACAGGCUGGAUGACCAUGAGCCGCAACUGGGGCCAGAACUGGCAGUCAAAUGCUGUCUUGGUCGGCCAAACGCUGUCGUUUAGAGUCACGGGGAGUGACCGCCGCACCUCUACCUCCUGGAACAUUGUUCCCGCCCAUUGGCAGUUUGGUCAAACAUUCACCGGCAAAAAUUUCAGGGUUUGAUGAACCCUCCCCCCAAAAAAAGAAAGAAGUCAAGAGUCAGAGUCAACAUUUUAGAAUUCCCGCCAUAACCUAUUUACCGUUUUUACCCUUAUUGGCGCCAGUUUUUAGAUUGUGGUCUCUUUUUUUGACUGGGGUGUGUUGGGGACUGUGAAAGUAUUGUUGUUGUUGGAGCAAUAAGUGAGUGUGGAAAUUACUAAAUUAGGGAGUGUUUUUUUUUUUUUUUAAGUAGGGGGAAAAAACAGUGGGUGGGUCUUUUUGGGGAGGGAAGGGUGUGAAGGAUGCAAGUGUAACUUUAUGUAAGGUGAAAAAAAAAAGGGCAAAAGGGGGAGGAAAAUUGUUAAGUUUAAAGGCUGAGGCGGCUGCACAAGAUUGCAGCCCGCAGCUUAUAAUGUUAGUAUUUUUCUAUAUAGCAUGGUCAUGAUAUUAAGUAUUAUUUGGGGAAGUGUAUUGUACUAACUUGAAUAUAUUUGAAUUAGAAAAGUAUUUGGUUUGCUUCAUUAAAUUAA